AAGAAGAAAGCACCCCCCCCCCCCCCCCCCCAGAAAAAAACACCAGUCCAUGCGUACUAUGUUACGGUACCGCGUACGGAAACUUGCUGGCCAUGGAUGACAUCAGUGCGGAAUGGAUGACGGCACCUGCGAGGGAUUGCGGCAGUGAUAAUGGUGAUGACGACGACGACGUGGAGGAGCAGGAGCCGAUUCGGAAGAGGAGCAAAGGGCCGGACCUGCCUGUCCCAGCACCGUGGUAUGGAGAGACAUCCAAGGAGACUGGAUUUCACCGAAGUGCCAGGCUUUGCCUGAAUCAGAUUCGGGAAUGUCUGUUUGAGCACCGCUGGCAGGAGGCAGCAAAGUACCUGAUCAGCUACUUCCAGACUCUGGAGGACACAAGCACACACAGGCAGCUGCUGGCCGCUGAGAUAAUUUUUAGAUUGGGCAGUGAGAUUCUUCAUCAUCACCCAAACUCCAGACUUGAAGAUGUCAAUCGUUUUUUUGACCUAAUGAAAAACACUGGAGUGAGAGGUUAUCUGAAGGUUUGUCUGGAACAGUCAUUCCACCUGCUGCUGACUGGGAAUUUUGAUGAUGCCGUGCGGCAGCUGACUACGGCGGAGAGCUGGCGGUAUGGUAAACAGUCUGCUGCUCAGGGUGACAGGAUGAAGCUCGUCCAUGCCUAUCGAGGCUUCCUAAGCUAUCUCUCCUGGAUCUCUAAGAAGGGUUCCACCUCCGAGGAUGACGAUGCCGAUCUUUCCGCCACCCAGGAGAUGCAUACCUACUUCCGGCAAGCAUGCAUCAGUCUGCAGGAGAUUCUGAAGCUGCCUGGAGUGUGGGAUCCGUUUGUCGUCGGCUACGUUAAUAUGCUGGAGUUUUACAGUGACCAUGAGGGGGCGCUGCACGUGCUGAAGGAGUACGCGUAUGACAACUCCUUCCCGCCAAACCCCAACGCUCACGUCUACCUCUACCGCUUCCUGAAGAGGCAGGGGGCCACAGAGAAGAAGCAGAUCAGGGUCCUUAAGAUUCUGGGGGCUUUGGUUCCCAGCCAUGAGCUGAUGCUGGAGUUGUUUUCACUUCUCCUUCAGUCAGGGACUGAACAGGAUCUGAAAGAGGCACUGGGUGUCAUUUUUAAUCUCCUCGACGAUUGCAGUUGGAAGCGCAGCGUGGCACCCUGGACCUGCUUUCGUGACAUCAUCAAAAUCCUCAGAAAAAAGAAGUUGAAGCGUCUCCUUGAGGGAGAGUGGGAGACGCGGAAGGACUGGUGGCCUGCCUUUCAUUUCAGGACGUACCAUGCGAGGAGGGACUCUGAGUUGUCCUGGGAUUUGCUGAUGCUGAAAGCUUUUGUGGCUGCAGCUCUGGUCGGAAGCGGAUGCAUGUACUGCAGAAGAAAAAUUGAACUUGAGAAGGAAAAGAAGGCCAGAAGGAUGCCGGAAACCCGCGAAAGACGGACGUGCCGUCGCUACCCGAGACGCUGUGGGGGCGCAGAGGUCCGUCUGUCGUACGGAGGAGACCCAGAGUAGCUGGCGGUGAGCUGCUCUGCCUCCUAGUGGGCAUUAGGAGACAUAACUCUUAAAAGGUGCAAUUUUUUUUCUUCACAAUUUGUGAAGAUGUUAAAAUAUAACGAUAACAUUUUGUCGGGUUUUUAUCAAAGAGUCUGUAGUAGCUGCAUGUUUUACCGUCAUGGAGGAACCGGGUUUUGGAGGGAAUACGACCUCAGUCAUCUUCUAGAUCAUUCUCGACACUGUUAGUAUCAUGGAAAACAGUGGAAUUUGUAAAGAUUUGUUAAAUGUUUUGUAACAAGAUUAUAUUUUUAUUUUCAGCUUAUGUGAAAAAUCUGUAAUAAAAUCAUGACUGUCAUGACAAUAGAAUUUUUUUUGUCUGUGUAAUAUAUAGGAAAUUGUUACAUCACAGAAAGCCUAGUGGUUGUUACCCAUUAAAUUGAACCCUGAAGAGACCCCUCCCCCUCCUUGAUUUAUUGGGUACUGACUCUUUAUCCCAUAAUCCUCCUCUCAGAUCCGGGUCUCUGUCUGCGUGUUACAGUCCUCGUGGGUGACAGUGAGCCGUGCAGUUCAAACUCCUCCCCACCAGGUGGCACUAGCGCCAUAUUCCCCACUCCCUUUGGCUGUCUGCAUGCCCCCAACAUGGACAUGGCGCAGCAAGGAGAAUUUCUGUAAGAGCAGCCAGCUGUCUCUCAGGAAGACUGCCAGUUCUCCGUUAACUGCCAUGCUGCCAGGGUCCUGCUCAUAAAUACUCUUGUUUAGUUGGAGCAAAAUUUGAUCGAGCAAAGUGGUUUCAUUUUAAAGUCAUUAAGGAUUCAGGUUUCAUUUUCUCAGGUACCUGGAUUAUUUUUUAUAGAGAGAUGAUUUUACUCAAAGCAUCAAAGGGUCAGACGCUUCCUGGGGUAACUGGGAGUUGAAGACCUCACUCAGGGGGCCAGUAGUGACAUCACUCUGCUGACAGUGGGAUCUGAACUAGCAACCUUCUGAUCACAGCUGUUUCGCCGAGCCGCUGAACCCCCCCACCACCGGAGCCUGGCGGGAUUUUGCCAUAGCAACCAAGAUGGCCACCGCGACGCCAAUCUGCCGCGAGAACUCGUGGGCCAGCAGUCCGGUGACUGUAAUUGGAGCGAGAAGAGGACGUGGGGGUGGGACUGGGCGGGCAAAACGGCUGCGAGCCCACGGCGUCCUCUGGAGCACGGCGAGCUGAAGGCCGGCGCCAAGACCCACAGGGACAUCUGUUGGGGGUGCGGGGGGACACGGCUCGCCAGAGAGCAGGGGGACACGGCACGCCCCCCCCCUCCACCCCCACCUGAUCAGGUUUUGAUGUUUUUCAGUGUACAGUCUGGUAGAUGGCUGCCUAUUGCAGGUUUGAUGGUAUUGGUGGGCAGCUCCAUGACGGCAAGUAAGAAACCACCAGCAGAGGUGAAGAAGUGAAAAGACAGAAGUGGAACACCCCCAUCCAUGUGUGUCCAGUAGAGGGUCGCAGUUAUCCUGGACCCGAUCCGAGGAAGCACAGGACAGGAGGCAGGGGGCACCUGGACAGAAUGCCAAUCCAUCGCAGGGACACUGUCCUAAUGUAAAGACACUAUGCUUUAUGUAACGGUUCGUGAAGCUGGUGACCAGGUAUCCGUGAUCUUCUCCUAUGCUCCUCAGAAGCAGAGUGACUGAUUGCUGACCAUCCAGCAAAACUGAGCCAAACUGAGUGCCUGAGUCCUGGCUUGAGCAGGUGGACCAGGGGAGCAAAAGAAAAAUCCCCACCUUCCCCCAAUGUUCUCUCAAGUGACAGUGUCGCCUUCCUUUUGUCGGACGAGGCGAAUGCUAUUCCUAAGAGAUUAAUCCAGCACACGAGGGUGAAUGGAAACGACACUGUGGAACAAGGCGGGUUUGAUUAAUUUUUACUUUUUUUUACUUUCCUGCCCUCAGGAAAAUGGCAGAAAUUGUUAUAGCGUCACAGGCCAAUUCGAAACAAAAUAAAGAAAUAUCACCUCUAACAGAAAAAUGCCCUUUUAGACACUUUUGCUGAAUCCUAGUUGCGGCUUUUCUCUCAUGGGGUGUACGUCCGGAGGUGGGCUGUCUGUGCCGUGGCCGGAAGGUUGUGGGUUCAAACCCUCCGGUUGGGUUGGGGAAGGCUCCAGUCCCAGCCUGCUGCUGGCUGACCAUGGAUACCCCACCCACAUGUGGUGCCUGUUAAAAUAAUCAUUAAUAAUGGCCCUUUCCACACUUUCUUGCAUCUAGAGACCUUGUCUCAUACCUACAGACGACUUGGCAAGUCUAAUUCACCUCAGAGUGUUCUUAGAAUUUGGGGGGAACAGGAGAACCCAGUGGAAACUCCACAAUGACAUGGGGAGAACAUGCAAAUUCCACAUAUGAAGCUGGGGCAGAAACUCCCACCCUGGUCUGCAGAGGUGUGAGGAGACCAUGCUAACCUCAGCACGCUGCCCUGCAAAGGGUUGGAACCCCAUCCCAGGUUCUUCACCGCUUUGUGCCUGGAGCUGCUUGGAUAGGCUCUGGACCUCUGCAGCCCUGCAUAGGAAUAGGCUCGAUGGAUGGAUGGACUGAUUUAAUCAUGUCACGAAUAGCAGAGGAGAACUUUUCUGGAAUUUUCCCAAGCCACCAAAGUUCCUGCUUAUCCUGUCUCCCGUUCCAGCAGAUUCCCCCUGGCACUCAGACUGCUCAGGUGAACUGCGUCAACGUGGCUCGAUGGUGUGGUACCGUGGUCUAUCUCACAGGCUGACGCCCACGUUUGGGCUUGUGCUGUAGGCUUGUGCGACCUUUUUCGAAACAGCUACACGUAGCGAGAGAAACGCACAUUACUGCGGAGGCACAUUAACUCUAGCUUAAAGGUCAUGUUUAAUUUGCAGUUAAGGACGACAAACACAAACAAGUGUUUUUCUGAGUGACGUCUGCCAUAUUGCCUCAAUGUCAUCAACACAGUGGGCGGGAUAAAAGUCAAGCUCAUUAUGGAAAGGAAAAGACAUUUAAGUGCGUUUAAAUGCCAAAUUACUGUAACUGUAAUCUUUCCAGUUAGUGGAACACUUGACCUGUCCUAUGUUUCAUUUUUAAAGGUUUAUUUUUCUCUGACUUGCCUCUGAACAGAACAGCCUCUUGCUCAAGUCAUUUAACAGCUGUUCAUUACAGGGCAAUAACCAGCUGCUGGAAAGUGUGUAGCUUGGCUAAACGUUUUCAAUCGUGUGAUGCUGUGGUCCUCUGAUCCAUCCAUCAGGCCCUUGGCGAAUGGUAGUUACAUUCCUCCAGGCCUGGGUUGGGGAACUUGGGAAAUCAUCAAGAAGGCGAAGAGGAACUUUUUUUUUCCGUGGCCUUUGCCUUGCGGCAAGACAAAUGGACAUUAGAGAGAGUGUAACCCUGUAUUACACAGAUGUAAUUAACACACCACACCCAUCAUGCCUAACUGCAGAUCAACAUAACAUAAUGUCAGGUAACAAAUCCUGCCUGUAGUACUUCACCCGUACUGGUAGUGUCCCUAUAUUCAAAUGGGACUAUAUUGAAUUAAUAUCUGUUAACUCUUCAGGUACAAAAGUGGGUGUAAUAGUAUAUUGUUGCUGUGAAUAAAGCCCAGAUUUCAGGCCAGAGUGAGGUGAUGGGGGUCCAUGGAGGGAGGGUAGUGUCGAAGGUCCUUAUCCUAUUGGAGAUGAGUUGCUGAUUAAAUUUCAUCUCACUGUCAUUUGAUUAGUUUGUUACCCAGUUCAGAGAAUUUAAUUUCAAAUAAGUAUAAGAGAAAGCACUCAGUUACUGAGACCCCUGGACUGGAUAAGUAAUUACGAAAAGAGGCGGUUGGGAUGGAGAUGUAUAGAAUUACGAAAAGCACUUCAGAUUUUGGAUAAUUCAUUGUUACGGAAAGCCUGCUUGCCACCCAGGGACAUCUCAUAGACAUCUUCAGGGAUAUAUGCUCUCACAGUUAAAGAAAAAAAAUAUGAUUGGAAAAAAUAAACCGUAUGAGAGUCUCCUGGUAUUUCUGAGCUCGUGUGUUCAACACUGCAACACUGUCCUUCCUCUUUAUACAGUUUCACAUCCUGCUACUUCACUUUCAGAAUUGCCGUGUGACCUUUAAAUAGGUGCACCUUUUCCUGAAGUAAAAAAACGUAACAGAAACCGAGAAUAUCACUUCCCUUCUUCGGCGAGUCACAUGAAAAUCACCGACAUUCUUUAUUAUGUUACAUAAUACAAAUUGGCGAUUAUUAGUUGCCUAUCUGAGUGCCUUUGUUGGGGAAAACUAAUCAGUACUUGUAACGACAUGGCUAACUUAAUGAAGCUUUAUAGUGGCUGAUGUAAGAAUCUUCUGUUAGCAUUUUUUAUUGCCAAGUGGGAUGGAGCUGAGGUCAUCACUGCAUAAAGCUCACCUUUAUAGACUGUGAUAGACACAGUCACGCUGAAAGAGGGGGAAAAAGGGGGGUGACGGACCCUAUGGCUGUAACAGAACGACAUCACCUGCUUCAAAUCUGCCCUCAAAUUAACUUUCAAACUAGCUUUCGGCAAUAGCUGGCACGGUUAUCUUUGUCUGCUUAGCUUUCCAUUUCACCUCAAACACAGAGGCCCAGCUUCUAACUUAACCAGCUAAACUUUCGAAGUUGUUUCCCUAAAACUGCUGUACAUAGCGUCAUCUGUGAAUGAAGUGCUUCUGUAUCUCUGAUAUUAUUGAUUUUUGAAUAAAUCGAAUUAAUACUGA